AUGCCAGGCGUAGUCUCAGUCAAAACGCCGGCCAAUGCGCCACCGCUCCGUGUAGCCGUCCCAGAAACGCAACCUAACCGUUCCGAACUCUCAAAUCCUCCUCGAACCCCGAUGAAGAAGACCCCUUCUUCCUCUACACCAUCUCGAUCCAAACCAUCUCCCGGUAGAUCCCCGGGAGUCUCCUCCGCCGCCGUACUUGACGAUCCCUCUCUCGACAACCCGGAUCUCGGCCCUUUCCUCCUCAAGCUCGCUCGAGACGCGAUAGCUUCAGGCGAAGGUCCAAACAAAGCACUAGACUACGCGAUCCGCGCCACGAAGUCGUUCGAGCGAUGCUGCGCCGCCGCUGCUCCUCCCGUUCCCGGCGGAAGCGACGGCGGACCUGUUCUCGAUCUCGCCAUGAGUCUCCACGUCCUCGCCGCUAUCUACUGCAGUCUCGGACGAUUCGAUGAAGCGGUCCCGCCGCUCGAGCGAGCUAUCAAGGUUCCGGAUCCGACCCGGGGACCCGACCACUCUCUCGCUGCGUUCUCGGGGUGUAUGCAACUCGGCGACACGUUGUCGAUGUUAGGUCAGAUCGAUAGAUCGAUAGCUUGCUACGAAGAAGGUCUUAAGAUCCAGAUCCAGACUCUAGGCGAAACGGAUCCACGUGUCGGAGAAACUUGCAGGUACUUAGCGGAAGCUUAUGUUCAAGCAAUGCAGUUCAAUAAAGCUGAAGACUUGUGCAAGAAGACUCUAGAGAUCCACCGUGCGCAUAGCGAACCUGCCUCGCUCGAGGAGGCAGCUGAUAGGAGACUGAUGGCGAUCAUCUGUGAGGCUAAAGGAGACUACGAGAACGCCCUCGAGCACCUUGUCCUCGCCAGUAUGGCCAUGAUUGCUAGCGGGCAAGAAUCCGAGGUGGCAUCGAUCGAUGUCAGCAUUGGGAACAUCUACAUGUCGCUGUGCAGGUUUGACGAGGCUGUGUUCUCUUACCAGAAGGCUCUCACUGUGUUCAAGUCCUCUAAGGGUGAGACUCAUCCUACGGUAGCGUCAGUGUUUGUCAGAUUGGCUGAGCUUUACCAUAGGACAGGGAAACUUCGUGAGUCCAAAUCUUAUUGUGAGAACGCGUUGAGGAUAUACAAUAAGCCGGUUCCUGGGACAACCGUGGAGGAGAUUGCUGGUGGGUUAACCGAGAUCUCUGCUAUUUAUGAGUCUGUGGAUGAACCCGAGGAAGCAUUGAAGCUACUUCAGAAGUCAAUGAAAUUACUUGAGGAUAAACCAGGACAGCAGAGCGCUAUUGCAGGGUUAGAGGCACGAAUGGGAGUAAUGUAUUACACGUUGGGGAGGUAUGAGGACGCAAGAAACGCGUUUGAGAACGCUGUUACAAAGCUGCGUGCAGCGGGCGAGAAAUCUGCCUUCUUCGGAGUUGUAUUAAACCAGAUGGGACUGGCAUGCGUUCAGCUUUUCAAGAUCGAUGAGGCUGGUGAAUUGUUUGAAGAAGCGAGAGGGAUUCUCGAACAAGAACGUGGUCCUUGUGAUCAGGACACUCUCGGUGUUUACAGCAACCUUGCUGCUACAUAUGACGCCAUGGGAAGGAUAGAAGAUGCGAUUGAGAUACUAGAGCAGGUUCUGAAGCUGAGAGAGGAGAAGCUUGGGACUGCAAAUCCGGAUUUUGAGGACGAGAAGAAGCGUUUGGCCGAGCUUUUGAAGGAAGCGGGGUGGUCUAGGAACUACAAAGCCAAGUCGCUACAGAAUCUGAUCGAUCCCAACGCAAGACCUCCCAAGAAAGAGGGAUCUGCUAAGAAAUGGCCCAGCCUCGGUUUUAAGUUCUGAAGAACAAAAAAACGUAACCAUAUGUCCAUAUAUUAUUUUUUUUGAUCUUUUAUCUAUCAUAAAUCUGAGGCUGAUGAUUAAUUUCCUGUAUGAGUGUUAUUAUUUGAGUUUGGUGAAAUACUGCCAGGUUGGUGAGCUGUUUGUUAGAGUUUGAGAGUUUCUUUCAUUCAA